GUGAUGUUAUUCCAUUGGAGAAUAUUAAAGCUAAAUGUUUUAAAAUGCCUUAUUGGACCUGUGUCUCUAGUAAUGAAGUGUGUGAUAAGGUAGUAGAACACGAAUUUAUCGUUGCAGUUAUGCAAUAAUAAUAAAGAAAACAAUUAAUUUUAUUACUAUAGGUGUACAGGGUGUACCAAAAGUCUGGAAACGGUCGAAUAUUUCAUAAACUAUGCAUUUUAGAAAAAAAUGUUGCAGACGAAAGAUGUUUGGUUCUAAGAGCAUUUAAUUAUAGUGUUUUGAAAAUCUCUCGAGAUAAGCUACAAGAAUAUUCAAUGAAAACUAGGGAGCUCCAUUUAAAAAUCAAAGUUGAGCUCCAUAUAACCUUGGCACAUUCAUUCAAGGUCAAUCCAAUAACACCAUCUUGUGUCCCUCUUCGAACCAAACAACUUUCGUCUGAAACAUUUCUUUCUAAAAUGCAUAGUUUAUGAAAUAUUCGGCCGUUUCCAGACUUUUGGUACAUGCUGUAUACUAUAAAUGCUGUAUAAUAUAUUUAUGUAAAUAUUUGCUAUCGAAAGUGAUUGUAAACAUCUUUUACGUAAAAAUAUUGUCAUGUCACAUCUUCAUAUUGAUCAGCUUGAAGUAUUUGAAGGUAACUGUAGUGUAACUGUAAAAUUUAUACUUAUUUUUACAUUGUAUCUACUGUUGUAAUGUAAUAUGUACAUUGCGAACAAAUGUUUCAUAGGGUAAAGAGGAAGAAAAAAUACUAUACUUUAGACCUGUAUGAAAAUAUACAAUGUAGGAAUAUUUUAAAGUUAUAAAAGUGUCAUACUUACUAGUUAAUGUUAAUCUUCGCAAUAUAUAGUAACACGUUCAGAUUAUUCCUGUUUAUUUUCAGAUCCACAAACCGUCCGAAAAGACCAUAAAAAAAACCACGUCGAUUCGAAACCACUUCGAGCGAAGAUAAUGUGAAGACUAAAAAACCUAAGCAUAUUGAUGAAGAAAAAGUAAAGAAGAAAAUGUCAUGUACUUUGCAGGAGAUCCGCAGUACUAUCGAAAAUCUGCCAUGUAAUUCAAAUUCCAAUAAGGACUCAAAUUGUACAGUUACAAAGGCGUGCAUUAGACAUGAUCAGACCAACCGAAAUGUAUUUGCUCCAUACACAUUGACCGAAAAUGCAUAUAAUCAAAAACUUCAUCGUUUACCAUACCAUCCAAUACCUCUUACUGGAGGGAAUGUAUGUAAUAUUGGACAACACACAACAGAAAAUUUGGCAGAAAAUAUGCAGCGACAAACUGUUGACUUCCAUUCAUUUAAUGCGAAUAAUCCUACAAAUAUGCCACCACAACAAACUAACCCAGUAUUAAUGAUGAAAAUAUGCCACCACAACAAACUAACCCAGUAUUAAUGAUGAAAACAGUCUUCAUCGUGUAUCAACUCAUGAACAAAAUAUGAAUAUAAUGAAGAAUUACAACAUACAACAUAAAAGAGUAUCGGAAAAUGUAAUACUACCAUCUAUUCAGCCAGAUAAUAUUCUACCUCUGGAGAAUGAAAUACAGCUGCUACACAAUUUACAACCGUGUUACCAGCAACCUGUUACAAAUUCAAAUCCACCAGUGGAAGAAUUGCAUUGCAUACAAGAAUUGGGAAAUACGGGGCCAAUUGCCCCACUUCAAAUUACACCAUCACAUGAAAUACGAUUGGAAAAUUCAUCACUACCAAGAGAAAGAAAUGAAAUAAAGCAAGUUCUUGAAGUACUUGGCGACUUAGAACGUAAAAUACAAAUAACAAAUGAAUGAUUAGAUUCAAUAGAACGAAAAAUCGAUUCCAACGUUAAUAAUGCAAUUCCCGUGAAGCCACGAAUUCUUCCGUUUUCGACAAUAGAAGCGAUACAAUCGUUUACAAAGGACAACCCCGCCUACGUUGACGUUGUAAGUGCUGAAUUAAUUUAUUUUUAAUAGAUACUUUUAAGGCUUCUGAGUACUUACUGCAGCCAUGUUGGAAUCGUGACGUCAGAGGCGAGAAAUGACACACUGAGAAUUCUUGCGCUUUAUAUAUAAUACU